AUAACACUCCCCCUCCUGCGCUCGGAGCCACCCCUCUCCCCUCCCUCCUGCAAACACCAACGCCUACCCUGCCACCGCCGCCACCUCGCCCGACGCGCCGCAGCUCGCCGCGGCCGGGGGGCGGUGCGCGGACCGCGCGCGCCGGGGCGCCAGAUGUGGAGUCCCCGCCACCGCCAGUGACCCAGCCGCAGCCCCAGCGGAUCGGGCCCCUUCCCCAAUGCUGCGGGGGCGACCUUGAGCGCACCCCGGCUUCUCUCGGCAGGGACCCCGACACCCCGAGCGCUGUGCCCGGUCCUGCCGUCUGCAGCCCGGCCCGCCCGGUGUUUGGACAUGGAAGGGGCCACUGCGCCCGCGGCGGGGGACGGCUCGGACUUGGGGCCGGGGGCGCCGUGCUCUCCCCCGGAGGCGGGGGCGGGGGCGACUGCAGCCUCCGCGGUGGCAGCGGCGGCCACGGAGCCCAGGAAGCCGCACGGGGUGAAGCGGCAUCACCAUAAACACAACUUGAAGCACCGCUACGAGCUGCAGGAGACCCUGGGCAAAGGCACCUACGGCAAAGUCAAGAGAGCCACCGAGAGGUUUUCAGGCCGAGUGGUUGCUAUAAAAUCCAUUCGUAAGGACAAAAUUAAGGAUGAACAAGACAUGGUUCACAUCAGACGAGAGAUUGAGAUCAUGUCAUCCCUCAGCCAUCCUCAUAUCAUCAGUAUUUAUGAAGUAUUCGAGAACAAAGAUAAGAUUGUGAUCAUCAUGGAGUAUGCGAGCAAAGGGGAGCUGUAUGAUUACAUCAGCGAGCGGAGACGCCUCAGCGAGCGUGAGACCAGGCACUUCUUCCGGCAGAUCGUCUCCGCUGUGCACUAUUGUCACAAGAACGGUGUGGUCCACCGGGACUUGAAGCUAGAAAAUAUACUGCUCGAUGACAGCUGUAAUAUUAAGAUUGCUGACUUUGGGCUUUCCAACCUGUACCAGAAGGACAAGUUCUUGCAGACGUUUUGUGGGAGCCCACUCUAUGCUUCUCCUGAGAUUGUCAAUGGGAGACCUUACCGUGGGCCCGAGGUGGACAGCUGGGCCCUGGGUGUGUUGCUUUACACUCUCGUUUACGGAACAAUGCCCUUCGAUGGUUUUGAUCACAAAAACCUCAUUCGGCAGAUCAGCAGCGGAGAGUACCGGGAACCCACACAGCCCUCAGAUGCUCGAGGACUGAUUCGGUGGAUGCUGAUGGUGAACCCCGAUCGCCGGGCCACCAUUGAGGACAUUGCCAACCACUGGUGGGUGAACUGGGGCUACAAGAGCAGCGUCUGUGACUGCGAUACACUCCACGAUUCUGAGUCCCCGCUCCUGGCUCGGAUCAUUGACUGGCACCACCGUUCGACUGGGCUGCAGGCUGAGGCUGAAGCCAAAAUAAAGGGCCUGGCCAAACCCGGGGCCUCGGAGGUCAUGCUGGAGCGGCAGCGGUCUCUGAAGAAGUCCAAGAAAGAGAACGACUUUGCCCAGUCUGGCCAGGACUCGGUGCCCGAAAGCCCAGCCAAGGUGAGUUCCAAGAGACCCAAGGGGAUCCUGAAGAAGAGAAGCAACAGUGAGCAUCGCUCGCACAGCACCGGUUUCAUCGAAGGCGUCGCUGCAUCCACCUUACCCUCUUCUUUCAAGAUGGAGCAGGACUUGUGUCGGACUGGCCUGCCCCUCCCAAGCUCCCCCGAGGCAGAAGUGCCUGGGAAUCUCAGCCCCAAACAGUCAGCCACCUUGCCCAAGAAAGGCAUCUUGAAAAAGACCCAGCAGAGAGAAUCCGGUUACUACUCGUCCCCAGAGCGCAGCGAGUCUUCAGAGCUGUUGGACAGUAAUGAUGUGAUGGGCAGUGGCCUCCCUUCUCCCAGCCCCCCGGACCCAGCCAGGGUGACUUCCCACAGCCUCUCCUGCCGGAGGAAGGGCAUCUUGAAACACAGCAGCAAGUACUCAGCGGGCGCCAUGGACCCAGCUCUCGUCAGCCCUGAAAUGCCCACACUGGAAUCCUUGUCCGAGCCUGGCGUCUCCGCCGAUGGCCUCUCCCGGAGCUAUAGCCGUCCUUCCAGCGUCAUCAGUGACGACAGCAUCCUGUCCAGCGAUUCUUUCGACUUGCUGGAUUUGCAGGAGAAUCGCCCUGCUCGCCAGCGCAUCCGCAGCUGUGUCUCUGCUGAAAACUUCCUCCAGAUCCAGGACUUUGAGGGGCUCCAGAACCGGCCCCGGCCCCAGUACCUGAAGCGAUACCGGAACCGGCUGGCAGACAGCAGCUUCUCCCUCCUCACGGACAUGGAUGACGUGACUCAGGUCUAUAAACAAGCGCUGGAGAUCUGUAGCAAGCUCAACUAGCGUGCCAGGACGCAGGGGCGGGUGGGGGGUGCGAGGGAGGAAGGGGAGCAAAAUUUGGGCUCAUGGGCUGCUUACCUCUUUGCUGGCCAUGACAAUAGCCUGAAAAAGAAGUGGCACCAUCUCAAGUGCAGCCUUGAGGCAGCACCUAAAAGGGAGAAGUGGGAUCUCUGCCAGUCCCACCAACUGCCAGUCAGAAUUUGGGUCGUACUUGACAUUUGCCUUAUGGCACCUCUGAGAGGACCAACUGCCUGGGGAAGGUGGUGUUGACUUGGUGUUGUUGAGGCAGCGGAUGUGGGGAGAGAGCAUUUCUUAAGAUGUCAUCCUGAUGCUUCUCGGGGAGAGGCAGGAAAGACUGGGGCCAUCUGCUUUGGGUUGUCCCAGAGAGUUUGCUCCUUUUCUACUCAUGUUAGCAAGUUUGAUUUGAUUGUAUAGGCUGGCAAGCAGAUUUCAGAACCCUGAGCUUGAAUGAUCCGUUGAUAGUGGCUGCCAAUUGUGCUGGUUUGAAUCACCUAGGCACAUGGAGAAAGAGUGCUGUGAUCGACUAGUAAUGGCUGCCAAAGGAAGGGGAAGGGAAGCAAUAGUACUUACGCCAUGUGAUUAUCAUCCUUGACCUGGCGAAACCCCAGGAAUUAGAUUAAGGCAUCCUGUGGGGUCUCUCUCAUGCCACUAGGCAGCAUUUAUUAAUUUGCUACUCUACCUUGAAUGGAAGAUGGGGCAUUGGUUGGAGUCUCUCUCAUGUCACUAGGCAGCAUUUAUUAAUUUGCUACUCUACCUUGAAUGGAAGAUGGGGCAUUGGUUAAGAGAGUCCUUUGAAAUCUGCUAAGGACAUAGAGUCUGCCAUGGUGAUUUUUCAGGUUCUUACUGUUUGUCUCUUUCCUGAUGGUUGCCCUGCUCUUCAAUGCAACCUUUCCAAGGUAGACAGGGGAAGAGAUGAUGGUGUUAGAGGUCACAACUAUUGUAUAUGAUAGAGCACAAGACCCUCUGUGGUCUUUGCACAAAUGAAUGGAAAUUGAUGUCUUUAGUGUCUCACUGUUAACUGGAAUGCUGCCUCUUGGGUUCUCACCUGCAUAAAUUGCUUUGGAUCGGAUGUGACACUGUCCAUAGUCUCCAAAGGAACACCUAGCUCAACUACUGGCCCUGUUCACUGACAGCACAUGGUUUCCCUGUCCGCCUAGUAUAGCAUCUUCAGAGGUAGACAGGCUUGCUUCUAGGAAGUUAGUGUGUAGGUGGAAUAUUAGAAUGAGGAAAAGAAAGUCAGAGAAGAGAAGAUGCUUUUCCUCCCCAAUGCAAGUAUUCUAUGUCAUGGUUUUGAACUUAGACAUGAACUCCUGGGCUUUGGGGGAAAAAGUUUCAUUCAUUUAAAUGAAUAAGGUAUUGAAAGAGAAAGUGGGUUGGGAACAAAACAUAUGAAAGAGGGAACAUUCCCUUACAAGUCAUCUGAUGGUUCUGGAGGAGGCAGAAAAGUGUGGCAGGACUCUUACCUUAAGUAAAAAAGCCAGCCAUGUAACUUCUAAAUACCUAGAUUGUAGGUGAAGAGAUGUCACCCUCACAAUGGGACACCUUCAGGGUACGAGGCUUGGAAUUACUGAUCUUUGGGGGAUGACUUCAGAUUCUGAUGGCGUAGGCAAAUUGAAAUCUUUAUUUCAAAGUGGGACUUCUGAUAGCCACUUAGAUGGAAAGGAGGAAUGGUGUUGGGUUUAUCUUUGGGGAAAACUCAACAGUGUUCAAAGGGAGAUGAAAAAGAAUUCACCUUCCAGCACUAGGAACAGUAAUUGAAUGAAAUUGCCCUUUCUUCCCGUGAGGCCAGCUCUCAUGCUUUGGCCUGUGCGUUCCUUCAGGUUGAGCUGAGCAGUGUAUUAUGGGAAGCUGCCCAGCUUCCUUUCAUUCAAUUCCACCUCCUUCCUGAACUCCACUAGAGGUUAAAAGGGAAAAAAAAAUCUGUAGAUAGCAAAUUGUGUAUGGGGACUGUGGGUGCAUGGAGGGCAAGCUACAACCUCUGAGCUCGCUACUUGCCUCAUUUUAUGCAGUCUUUUCUCAACAGCUGAUACUGCCAUCCUGCUGGCCCCUCAUGCGUGGCAGCUGGCCACGUCAGCGGCUGUCCGUGUGACUUGGGUAUAACAUCUGCCUACUGGUUGAUGUAUUCUUUCCUUUUGCCAGGUGACUGAGUCUGUUUAGUAUUUUCCAUUAUUCUUAUUGUUUGGAAAAGGUGAUGCUAUUAAGAAAAAUCAUUCUACUCCCUUCUCCUUCCCCCAGAACACUUGUGUGUUCCCUUUUGUCCAUAAACUUAGACCAGGGAUUGUGGCAGAGAACCUUCUCCACUCUGAAGUAGAGACUGAGUUAAGUCUCAGGUGGCCUUAGGCACCUACGUUGUGUUGGGAGCUAAAUUUUCCUUUCCGGGAAGGAUGAGGGGGUGGGUUAGCUGGUCUCUUAGACCAGUGGUUCUCAACCUUUCUAAUGCCGCAAUGUAUUUUCAUUGUUAAAAAGGGGUCGCGACCCCCAGGUUGAGAACCACCAUCUUAGACCCUGCUCAAUUCUGACUCUCUGCUGACAGCCUCUGAUUCUAGAUAUGCUGUAUCCUUUCAAGGAAAAACUUGGAAUAGUGGGAAAAUCCCUUGAAAGCAGCUCUCCUGCUUCAGAAUUAAGUCCUGUUAUCCCCACCAGCCCAUUCCAGUUAUUUAGUUCCAUGGAAUUACAAGUGAGAGACAUUUUAUGACCUGGUGGACAGAACAGGAGAUUCAAUGUCAGCUGGUCCUUUCCUUGCUCUGAUGGCCUCUCUGCGUCUUAGUUUACACAUCUGCCAAAGGGGUAGAAUUAUACUUCUUUUUUACAGGUAAAUUUCAAGGCAUGAUCAGUUUUCAGGCAGUGCUUCAAGACCUCAGGCCAAACGAAAAUGCUAAGUACCCUCUGAAUUUCCAUCCCUGUUACCAGGUGCGGCUUCUUCAGAUGAUGCGGAGCACUUUUCAGGGUGAAAUUCAGGCAGCUUUGCCCAGGCCUACUAUCUUGAGUACAAAUGUGAAUGAUCGACUGACUGCUUGUUGCCAAACUGGAAAUGUUCUAUAGGGAUUUACUGGCAUGGUAUCAUUCCUAGAAGAAAAAAAAAAGAGAGAGAGAAAGAGAGAAACUUGACUGCACAUUUUUUAAAAAAAUUCGUGUUGUGACUUUUAUUUAAUUUUUAUUUUUUUUUUGGUAAUAAAAAGUUGAAUUUGUCUUUUUUAAUUUAUUGGUCUGAAAGGCAUUUCAAAGGUAUUAUAAUAAUAUAUUGGUGUAAUUUAAUUGGUGCGACACGCUUUACGGCUCCAGUCGAAAUUAGUUUUAGCUCAUUUGAUUGGUUUGAGCCCAGAACAGCCUACAGGGAAAAAAAAAAAGCUGGAUAACCACCCAAAGUGUUUGUAUUUUCAUUGGAAACUGAUUUUUGUUUUAUUUUGUUUUUUUGUUUCUGUUUUUAUUUUUAAAUUAAAUAAAUUGCAAUGAACUGAA